GCCAGGGAAGGCCCGUCCGGCGGCUGGCAGGGCCCGGCGAGGGUCGGGCAUGGUCCCCGGGCCGGGCCCCCGAGGAUGGGCCUCGCCGAGUCCACCCGGGACGAGCUGCCGUCGGACGCCGAGGAGCAGCUGAGCGACGGCGAGCGGCUGCUGGAGCUGAGCGGGCGGCGGCUGCGGCGGCUGCCCGGGCCGGUGUGCGCCCUGGGCGGCCUGCAGAAGCUGUACGUCAGCGGCACCGGCCUGCGGGAGCUGCCCGCCGAGAUCGAGGAGCUGCGGGAGCUGCGCAUCCUGGCCCUGGACUGCAACAAGCUGGAGGAGGUGCCCGAGGGGCUGUGCCGCCUGCCCCGCCUCACCCGGCUCUACCUGGGGGGCAACCGGCUGCUGGGCCUGCCCGCCGACUUCGCCCGGCUGCAGAGCCUGCGCUGCCUCUGGCUCGAGGGCAACUACCUGCGCCGCUUCCCGCGGGCCCUGCUGCGCCUGCCCGCCCUCCAGUCCCUGCAGAUGGGCGACAACCGGCUGCGGGGCCUGCCCGGGGAGCUGCCCCGCAUGACGGGCCUCAGGGGCCUGUGGCUCUACGGCAACCGCUUCGAGGAGUUUCCCGGCGUCCUCCUGCACAUGGGCCGCCUGCACAUCCUCGACCUGGACCGCAACCGGCUGGGCGGCUUCCCCGACCUGCAGCCCCUCCGGGCCCUGCGCGUCUUCUCCUACGACCACAACCCCGUCACCGGGCCCCCCCGGGUGGGCCGGGGCGUCUUCCUGGUGGGCGAGGGCGCCGCCGAGCGCAACGCCCGCAGGGAGGCCCCGGGCCGGGCCUGCCCGGGGCCCACGCCGCACGAGGAGGCACAGAACGACGACCGGGACGACGACGACGACGACCAGGACGACGACGACGACCAGGGCCAGAGGGCCCGGCCCGGCGGCGGGGACUUCCCCAGGGGACACCGGGCCGAGGAGACCUGAGCCCACCGCCGCCCACCCGGUGAUGGUCGUCGGGCCUAAGGGGCCCACGGCGGAGAGGGCCUGGACCACCCAAAGCUGCUGCUGCUGGCCGCGAGCCCCGCCGCCCUCACCUUCGGGGCGGUGGGCCGCGGGCGGGCGAGGGGAGGCGACCCCUUGACUCCCAACCCCAGCACCGACAGAAAGCGGACGGGCGGAUGGGGUGGCGCUUCCCGCCGGCCGCAGGCGCCGCUGAGCAAAGGAAGCCCGUCGCCCUCAGGAAACACCCCGCCUCGCCCGGCCCCUCCCCACCGCCUCUCAGCUCAGGCCCGGUCAACGGGCGAGCAAGGGGAACCCCUCUCCCCCAGACGGAGGACGGCUGACUCCUAAGGAACCCAUCUCCGCUUCGGGCCCCGGACGGCCACAGCAGGCCCCGAGGCCUCCAGCUUCCCACCGGGAAGGGCCGGGGCGAGGGCCAAGAAAGAGCCACCUCUUACCGGGACCGCGGACGGCCACCACUCUCCCAUGACGGCCGACUGCCUAUCUGCCGGGGCUUGGGACGGCUGCU